AUGUCGAAAGCGAUCGCAGAUCCCUUGACUCUGAGGAAGCUCCAACUCAAUUCCGAAUACCCUCCUCGACCAGGAUACGGAACCAAGGGACAGCCCGUCGUCCUAUGGGCGAACUAUCUUAAUAUUAUCCCUGAUUCCAAUCUGAUUUUGUACAGAUAUGCUGUUGACGUGAGGCCCUCUGUUUCUGGCAGGAAGCGGGCCCAAAUCGUGAGAUUGGUUCUCGAGGCGCCAGAACUUUCCUCGGUGGCAGCCAACCUAGUCACUGAUUUCAAGUCUACCAUCAUAUCACGAGAGAAAUUGCCGUUGACAAAUAAUGCAAUCAUUGUACCCGUGUUGUACCGAAGUGAGCUAGAGGACGAACCCGCCGAGGACGCUACCCAGUAUAAAGCCCGUAUCCUGUACACCAAUACUCUACGGGUCUCGCAGUUGAUAGAAUAUCUGACAUCGACCGACUUUAACCAAUAUAAUGAGAAACUACCAAUGGUUCAAGCGCUAAAUAUUCUUUUGAAUCACUACGCCAUGACAUCUCCGGACCUUGUCUCGCGUGGUGGAACUAGAGCUAACAGAACCUUUCCACUUAGCAACAAGGCCCCACUGUCAGACAAGGCCCAUCUAGUCGGUGGGCUGACAGCAAUUCGUGGGUUCUUUUCGAGCGUCAGACUCGCCGCUGCUAGGGUCCUGGUUAAUGUAAAUGUUAGCCAUGGGGCAUUCUACAACAGCGGACGUCUGAUUGACUUGAUUGAUACAUUUCAAAAGGCAAACGGCAAGAGCCUAACUGAUUUGAAUGAAUUUCUGCAUGGCAUCCGGGGAUGCACGCUUCAUUUACGCGAAAGAAGAAAUCGAAGCGGCGAGCUUAUCAUCAGGCCUAAGACCAUCCAUUCUCUUGCCAGGCGCGGUGAUGGCACAGACUUACCACUGAACAGAAAACCCGAGAUACAGUCAUUUGGCGCGGGCUCUAAAGGUAUAAAGUUCUGGCUAGAACCUCGUCAAGCGCCAGCAUCCAGGUCUUCUCUGGGAUCGAAGAAAAAGAGACGCCAGCAAUCAGGACCUGCAGCAUCACCAGCUGGACCCGCGAGGUUAAUUAGUGUGUAUGAUUACUUUCUGGAGACGUACAACAUCCGAGACCAACGGCCAGAUUUACCUGUCAUCAACAUUAGCACACGUGCUAGCCCUACAUACCAAUUGGCACAAGAGUUCGAGAUACUUCCGGGCCAGAUUCACAACGGAGAGUUGUCCCCCGUCCAGACGCAAGACAUGAUCAAAUUUGCUGUACGCCCACCCUUGCAGAACGCCUUUUCUAUCGUCAACCAAGGAGCAGAUACUGUUGGCUUGAACCCUGAAAGGAAUACAAUACUGACACGAUUCGGUAUAUCUACGUCGAGGCGGCUGAUCACCGUUGAGGGGCGCAUCUUGGACCAGCCAAAUGUUAUGUACCGGGGGAAUGCCAGCGUAAAGCAAUUUUCAGGCUCCUGGAAUAUAACGAGCACCAAAUUCAACGUCCCCGGCCAACGGCUGCGGAAAUGGUCGUAUCUUCUGGUCUCGGACAAGAAAGUACAAGAUACAUUUCGUGACGUGAAAAGCUUUCAGCCAGUUGUCAAGAAGCUCCAGGCUGCCCUUAUGGACACCGGCGUUCCGGUAGACGUGCCCUUCCCUGGAAAGAUAGUCAGAGUGGAUAAGGAUGACACAGCGGACCUUGAUAAUACUCUUAGAGGAGCAGCCAACAGUUUAGACCUUCUCUACAUCGUUUUGCCCAAGAAAGACAGUCGCUGGUACCUAGUAAUCAAGCGGUUGUGUGAUGUGGAGUACGGAUUGCAGACGAUUUGCAGUGUUGGUCCUAAGCUGGUGGCGAAGAAAGGUCAAACGAUGGAACAAUAUGACAAGUCCCUGGAUCAGUAUAUGAGGAAUGUGGCAAUGAAGUUCAACCUGAAGCUGGGCGGGACGAAUCACGUUGUGGAUAAUCUUCGUUUGAGUAUCAUCAAUGAAGACAAGACCAUGAUUGUUGGCUUGGAUGUAACACAUCCAACAGGGUCUUCGCAGGUCUCUUCAGCCACUGCACCUAGCGUGGCAGCGAUGGUUGCUAGCAUCGACAAAACACUUGGGCAAUGGCCCGCAACUAUUCAGGUCCAGUCUCACGGUGGAAAGGAGGAAAUCGAUAGCUUGGAUGGUAUGUUUAAGCGGCACCUUAGGCUAUGGAAGCUCCUGGGAAAACACGCGUCAUUCCCUGAAAACAUUAUCGUCUUCCGAGACGGAAUCUCGGAAGGUCAGUAUAUGAAGUGCUUGACCGAAGAGCUGCCUCUAAUGCGGAAGGCUUGUCGAGAAAUAUAUCCUAAGGAAAUGCAUGAGAAAAAUCUUCCUAAGUUCACCAUUAUUAUUGUCAGCAAGCGGCAUCACACGCGCUUCUACCCUACUGAAGGACAAACUGCUGACAAAAAUGGAAACACACCACCGUGCACGAUCGUCGAUCGAUCUAUCACUGAUCCCCACUGUUUCAGCUUCUUUCUCCAGCCUCAUUCCGCUAUCCACGGAACUGCCCGCAACGCCUUCUAUUUUGUGAUCCUAGAUGAGGUUUUCAGCCAGCGAUAUACGGGGAAGCUUCGUCCCAAAUACAAGAACGUCGCCGAGAUUGUGCAAGAUCUGACUUUGAAUCUGAGCUACCUCGUUGGACGUGCUACAAAGGGGGUUAGAGUCUGUUGCCCUGCGCGAUACGCCGACCUGGUCUGUGACCGGGCCAGAUGCUAUCUGAGUCGAUUUUACGAACCGGCGUCUGAGACCUCAUCGGUGGCCAGUGGUGCUAGUACAGUGCAGGCAACAAACAGGGAUGUGCUUGUUCACGAGAAAAUCAGAAAUACAAUGUUUUACAUCUAA